UAUGUCAGAUUCUUCAGAUCGCCGUCUUCGCCGUCGUAAUAAGACAUGACGAAUCGCGUUUCAACGAUGUUGUUGUGUUCGCUGGUGGCAAUAAUACCGUUAUUGUAUUCCGUUGAUGCGGAGCAGUCGCUGUCGGCGAAUGGGAAGGUAUUGGAACUGGACGAAUCGAACUUCGAUUUGGCCAUCUCUGCCUUCGACUUUAUCCUCGUCGACUUCUACGCCCCAUGGUGCGGCCACUGCAAGCGUCUCUCUCCCCAGUUGGAUGAAGCUGCCCCCACACUUUCCAGCUUGAAAGAACCCAUAGUCAUAGCAAAAGUAAAUGCUGACAAAUUUACCCGCCUGGCUCGUAAAUAUGAUAUUGAUGGUUUUCCCACCCUCAAAGUCUUUAUGCAUGGUGUUCCUGUGGAGUAUAAGGGGCCAAGGAAAGCAGAUUUACUUGUUCGUUAUCUGAAAAAAUUUGUCGCUCCUGAUGUUUCAGUUCUUGAUUCAGACUCUGCUAUUAGUAAUUUUGUUGAAGCAUCUGGCCCACACUUUCCUAUAUUUAUAGGCUUUGGCUUGAAUGAGUCAAUGAUAUCAAAGUUAGCGGAAAAGUAUAAGAAAAAAGCAUGGUUUUCUGUGGCAAAGGAUUUCUCUGAGGACAUCAUGGUAUCAUAUGAUUUUGACAAAGUUCCUGCUUUAGUUUCCCUUCAUCCAAGUUACAAUGAGCAGAGCAUCUUUUAUGGUCCAUUUGAAGUGGAAUUUUUGGAGGAUUUUAUCAAACAAAACUUGUUCCCUCUUGUCUUACCAAUCAACCAAGACACACUAAAGACACUGAAAGAUGAUGAGAGGAAAAUUGUCCUGACAUUUGUGGAGGAUGAGACAGAAGAGAGCUCAAAGAAAAUAAUCAAGUUAUUGAAGGCUGCUGCAUCUGCAAAUCGUGACUUAGUAUUCGGUUAUGUUGGCAUCAAACAGUGGGAAGACUUUACCGAAACAUUUGAGGCUAACAAAAAGACACCACUGCCAAAAAUGGUUAUAUGGGAUGGAGAUGAGGAGUACUUUUCGGUUAUUGGUUCCGAAAGGAUUGAUGAGGAGGAUCAGGCAACUCAAAUUUCACGAUUUCUUGAAGGAUAUAAGGAGGGAAAAACAAUUAAGAAACGAAUCAGUGGUCCAUCCUUUCUUGGUUUCAUCAAUUCAUUAAUCGGCAUCAGAACUGUGUACAUGAUUGUUUUUAUUGUUGCGGUUGUGAUGAUUAUCCAAACCAUCAAUAAAGAUGACGAGGAACCUCCUGGGGUUGGUACUCGAGAACAAGGGGAUAAUGCUUCCAGCUCUGUCUCCGAGGCUGAAAGCAAAGAAUACAGAUCUGGAGAGAAGGAAGAUUGAAUUAGGGAAUUCGAUGCCUUUCUAACUGACAAUUUAGUCGUGGAUAUGCUUAUAUACAAAUCUACAGCAUUGAGUAUUCUCGAAAAUAUCAGAGUCGAGGUUAUGUUACACUUGUAUGCUUUUGUAGAAAAUCUUAUUUAUAUGCAUACCUUGGUCAGUUCAUUUUUUCCAGACUUCUUAUUACGCAUUGUAAGUUUAAUUACUUAAUCAAUCUUAGAAGGAAAAGCAUCUUUCUCGCUUGGAAAGUAA